CCCGGGCCCAGUGCCAGCCCCACGAAACCGGCGGGCGCCGAGCUGCGCCGGGCGUUCCUGGAGCGCUGCCUCAGCUCCCCGGUUUCCGCAGAGUCCUUCCCCGGGGGCGCCGCCGCAGGGGCCGCCUUUCCCUACUCGGUGGCGCCAGCCGCCGCCCCUACCUCGGGGGAGCAGUUCCUGCUGCCGUUCCGGGCGCCGUUCCCGGAGCCCACUCUGCAGCCGGACCCCGCGCCCCUCGCGGCCGCCCUGCACGGCCUGAAGCGGCCGGCCGGCAGCGAGCGCCGCGCCAAGUUGGCUCCAGGCUGCCCGUCGGGAUUCGCGGCCGCGGGCGUCAAGAAGCCCAAGGCGAUGCGGAAGUUGAGCUUCGCGGACGAGGUGACCACGUCCCCCGUGCUGGGUCUGCGGAUCAAAGAGGAGGAGCCCGGGGCGCCGGCGCGGGGCCUGGGGAGCAGCCGCACGCCACUGGGGGAGUUCAUCUGCCAGCUGUGCAAGGAGCCGUACGCGGACCCCUUCGCGCUGGCGCAGCACCGCUGCUCCCGCAUCGUGCGCGUCGAGUACCGCUGCCCCGAGUGCGACAAGGUCUUCAGCUGCCCCGCGAACCUCGCCUCCCAUCGCCGCUGGCACAAGCCGCGUCCGGCGGCCGCGCACCCCGCCGCGGCCUCCUCCGCCGACGAGCAGCCGCCGCCUUCGUCGGGCCCGGACUCCGGGCCCCUGGCCUCUCUGCUGGCGGAGGGGAAGGAGAACGGCCGCGCCGAGCGGACUGCGGAUCAGCACCCGGCGGCCAGGGACAGCGCCGGGGCGGAUCAGCACCAGGACAGCGCCCCGCGCCCCGGCCUCCAGGGGCUGCCGCACCCCGAGCCGCUGCGGCCGCAGGUCUCCUACGCAGAGGGCGUGUUGGGCCGCCGCGGGCCAGGGCCGGGCAGUGCCAGCGGGGGCGGGGGCUCCGACAUCUUCGUGUGCCCCUAUUGCCACAAAAAGUUCCGGCGCCAAGCCUAUCUGCGCAAGCACCUGGGCACUCACGAGCCGGGCUCGGGCCGGGCGCUCGGGCUGGGCUUCGGCCCGGCUCGCGGCGCUGCCCUGGCCUUCGCUUGCCCGCUGUGCGGGGCGCACUUCCCGUCGGCGGACGUCCGGGACAAGCACCGGCUGUGGCACGCCGUCCGCGAGGAGCUGCUCCUGCCGGCCCUGGCGGGGGCUCCCCCGGAGGCACCCAGCCCAGGCGGGACCGCAGACGGGGCUGCGCAGCAGAUCUUCUCGUGCAAGCACUGCCCGUCCACCUUUUUCAGCUCCCCGGGGCUGACCCGGCACAUCAAUAAGUGCCAUCCCUCCGAGAGUCGGCAGGUCCUGCUGCUGCAGAUGCCGCUGCGGCCCGGCUGCUGA